AUGGCGGCGGCGCCGAGCGCUGUCACACCGCUGGCAGCGGAGUCUUCCCCUCAGGAAGCUACCGUCUCUGUCGCCUCCUCCUCCUCCUCCUCCUCCACCGCCACCGCCUGCGCGGCGGCGGCGGCGGCGGCGGCAGCGGCAGCGAUUGUGCCUGCCUCCUCCGCCACCUCCACGUCUGCCUGCCCGCCUGCCGGUGACUGUGGCGGCGGCGGCGGCGGCGGCGGCGGCUUUGGCGGCUCCACUAUGGCGGCGGCGGGGAGGGGGGGCAGUAGGUUUAAAGUAGACACCCGCCCUUGCCUGAGAGAAGAUAUGACUUGGAAUGAACAGGAAAAGACUGAACUUUUUGCAGAUAAUUUUUGUAAUGUAUGUGGAGUGGUGCUUCAGUUUGAAUCACAAAGGAUUUCACAUUAUGAGAGUGAAAAACAUGCUCAAAAUGUUAGGUUUUAUUUUCAAAUGCCUGGGGAACAAAAUGAAGUGCCUGGUAAGAAAAUGAAGAUGGAUGUGAGGAAUUUUCAGGAGCAUAGAAGUGAAGUAGUGGACAGAAACAAAUUUUGUGGUCUCUGCCACAUGGUUUUUAGCUCCUCAGUUGUUGCUCAGUCUCACUAUGUGGGGAAAGUCCAUUCUAAAAAACUGAAGCAAUUAAUGGAGGAGCAUGAUCAGGUAUCUCCAUCAAGAUUUCAGCCAGCAACGGCAUUUAGUAUGAGAACCUACGAUUGUCGUAUUUGUAAUAUCACCUUUACAUCUUUAGAAAUGUUCCGGUCUCAUAUGCAAGGAAGUGAACAUCAACUUAAAGAAUCCAUUGUUAUCAAUCUAGUGAAGAAAUCAAGGAAGCCACCAGACUCUUGCCAAGAUGAAUCUACAGAUUACAUCAAAGUACAGAAAGCCAGAGGAUCAGUACCAAAGACUUGUUUUAGAAAGAUGGAAGAAAGUUCUUUGGAAGCCCGUAGGUACAGAGAAGCAGUUGAUUCCAGAUCCAGACAUAGAAUGUUUGAACAAAGAUCCCCAUGUGAGACUUUCUGGACAUAUCCAGGACCAUAUAGUACUCCACAAACAGUGGAAAACCAGUUACCUCAUUGCUUACCAGCUCAAUCAAAGAAAACAUAUGACUCUUUUCAAGAUGAACUGGAAGAUUAUAUCAAAGUGCAGAAAGCCAGAGGACUAGAUCCAAAGACUUGUUUCAGAAAGGAAAGAGAGAGCUCUGUGGAAACCCAUGGGUACAGAGAAAUUUAUUCUGGACCCAGACCAAGAAUGUGUGAACAAAGAUAUUCAUUUGAGACUUCUCAGACCUACCAACGACCAUACACUAUUUCACCAGUGGAAAGCCAAGUAUAUCACUGGUUACCAGCUCCUUCGAAGAGGACAUAUAACUCUUUCCAAGAUGAACUUGAGGAUUAUAUCAAAGUGCAGAAAGCCAGAGGACUAGAGCCAAAGACUUCUUUCAGAAAGAUAAGUGAUAGCUCUGUAGAAACCCAUAAGCACAGAGAAAUGGUUGAUUCCAGACCCAGACCUAGAAUGUUUGAGCAAAAACUCCCAUUUGAGACUUUCCAUUUCCAGGCUUACCCAGGAUCAUACAGUAUUUCACAGGCAGAAGAAAACCAGUUACCUCAUCCUUUACCAACUCAUGACAGCAAACAGAGAUUAGACUCUGUGACCUACUGUCAACCCACCAGAGACUGUUUCCCAGAAAAACCAGUACCCCUGAGCCUUAGUCAGCAGGAUAAUAACUCUGGCACAUACAGUGUAGAAUCUGAAGUUUAUAAGCACCUCUCCUCAGAAAAGGAUACCAGUGAGCAUCAAGUAGGUCAUAAGCGGAAACAUCAGAAGAGAAGAAGGCACAUGGAGAAAGGUGAAGAAAGGCCAGAGAAGGAGCAGUCCAAGCAUAAAAGAAAAAAGAGUUAUGCGGAUACAGAUCUAGACAAGCACAAGGGCACUGGGGAAAGGAAAAGAGAUGGAGAUAAAUUCAGAGUCAGUUCAGGAAGGCUCAAGCAUCGAAAAAAGAAAAAAAGCCAUGGUGUACCCUCUGAGAAGGAAGAACGUAAGCACAAGAAAGAGAAAAAAAAAUCUGUUGAAGAAAAGACGGAAGAGGAAAUGCUUUGGGAUGAGUCUAUUCUUGGAUUUUAA